AUGGCGGGGAAGAUCCGGAGUCGGUCCGAUAGAUAUAUUCAGAUGAAGCACAAACAAGAUCUGAAGGAGAAGACUGAGACUCUAGUGGAGCAUAAACCCCCAGGAACUACCCUGGAACCACAAAGAUUCCUCAUCAAUGAGCGAUAUGUGAACCUGGUUGUAGUCUCCUCUGAUCAGUUCAGGGAACGUCCCCAGAAUGAGCUAAUACAGACCGGGGAGAGACAUGAGGAAUGCUUGAAGAAAACACAAUCUGGACUGGAGCAGAUUUCCCCCAACAGGCUUUUCCGCUGGAGCCACCAGUCAAAAUGUGUACCACAUGCAGUAAUGGUGAGCGGAGUGCCAGGAAUAGGGAAGACCACACUGAUACAGAAGUUUGUCAAUGACUGGGUGAACGGAAAACACUACCAGAGAUUUGCUUUUCUCUUCUCCUUCAGAUUCCGGGACCUUAAUAGACUGGGAGAGGUCAGCUUGGAGGAGAUAAUUCUUCAACAAUAUCCGUAUCUGAGGAGUCAGAUUGGAGAUAUUUUACAACAUCCAGAGAGACUUCUGUUUCUAUUUGAUGGCUUAGAUGAAAGUGUUCACCAAAUGGAUUUCAGAUCAAGUAAACUGUCCAAUCCAAAACAGAGAACAAGCGUCAGUGAGAUUGUGAUCAGUUUGGUGAAGCAGAGUCUUCUUAAGGGUUGCUCUGUACUGAUAACCAGCCGCCCAACCAGACUGGCAUUAGUUGAUACUGAUGUCUUCCAGAGAAUAGUGGACAUCAUGGGAUUUCUCCCCAAAGACAGACGGAUCUUCUUUAAUAAUUUCUUUGGAAAUGCGGAAUUGUCAGGAAAGGCUUUUCAUUAUGUGCAGGAGAAUGACACGCUGUACACUUUCUGUUAUAUCCCAUCAUACUGCUGGAUCAUCUGUACAGUGUUAUCAAUGUGUCACAAAGCCCAACCAACAAAUGUUGAUAAACUAAUGGAAUCAUUGCCCAAAACAGUGACACAACUCUUUGUGAUUUAUGUCUCCAACAUGCUGGCCAAUCACUGCCAGAAUAAAGAUGGGGGUCACACUGCCCGGGAACUGCUGACAUCUAUGGGGUGGAUGGCAGAACAUGGAGUCAUGAAUCACAUGAUUGUAUUUGAUGAGCGUCAUCUGGACUCAUUCAGUGUGAGAAAUGAUAAACAUCUCUUUUCAUGUUUCAUGAUGGAAUCUGGUCAGCCUCCUGAUGUGGAUUACACCUUCUUACAUCUCACUCUUCAGGAGUUUUUUGCUGCUUUAGUCCAUUUUACUAACUAUAAUCCGGACAGAUUACAGGAAACACUUGAUGAUGCUGAAUCUCACAAUGAUGGCCGUGCUGAAAUCUUUCUCCGCUUCCUCUGCGGUCUCUCAGACUCUUCUACUAGAUUCAUGUUAAAGUCUCAUGUGGGAGAAUUAUCUACUCCGGCUGCCAGACAUGUCAUCACCUGGAUGCAGAAGAAGGUCCCAGCACAAAGACCUGACAAAUACAGAAAACUCAAGAGAGAUCUUCUUAAUGUCUUCUACUAUUUCUAUGAGAGCAGGAAUAAGGCUCUGGUGUCACAAUGUGUUGGAUCAGACAAAAUUGACUUUUCUGAAGUCUCCCUCAGCCCUCUGGACUGCUCUGUUCUGUCUCAUAUCCUGCAAUCCUGCAGAGAGACACAAGAAGUAGAUCUAAGUUCAUGUAAUAUUCAGAAUGAAGGAUUGAGGAAACUUUCUACAUCCUUGCAUACACUGAGGACACUGGGGCUGUCUAAUAACAAUCUGAAGGGUCCUCAUUUCAGGGAUCUGAUGGAAGCUCUGACAACAAGCCGGAUAGAGGAAUUACAAUUGGAUAAUAAUAAUCUGACAGACAUUUCCUGCCCCGACCUGGCAUCUGGAAUAAGAAAUAACCAGACACUGAGGACACUGGACCUGUCUGGGAACAAUCUGGAGGGUCCUCAUUUCCGGGAUCUAAUGGAAGCUCUGACAACAAGCCGGAUAGAGGAAUUACGCAGUAUAAGCUUUGCUGGUUUAGACGUUUGGUUCGAUUUCGAGGUCAUUUCCACGUUGUCACCGUACUGA